CUUUAGUAAACGACCCCAGAAGAAGAGAUUACACGAGGAGCAGUGAAGUGAGCUCAACACGAGUUUUUUAGCGGAGAAUUAAUCUUUCAGAAGUUAUACAGUGAGCACAAUGAGUGUAUGUAUGCCACAGAAGCGCCAUUACAGGCAAAGAGCCCAUUCAAAUCCUAUGGCCGACCACACUUUCCAGUAUCCAGUUUGUCCGGAGGAGAUGGACUGGUCUCAGCUCUAUCCAGCAUACUUCACUCAGCGGGACGACUGCGAAGCUCAAGCGCAGGUGGAGUUCGCUGACAUCGGCUGCGGAUACGGCGGACUGUUGGUUGAGUUAUCACGCCUCUUCCCGAACCAACUGAUUUUGGGCUUGGAGAUUCGAGUGAAAGUGUCUGAUUAUGUACAGGACCGGAUUCAAUCCCUUCGAGCUGCUGAACCAGGCAGUUAUCAGAACAUCGCCUGCCUCAGGAGCAAUGCCAUGAAGUAUCUGCCAAAUUUCUUUACCAAGGGACAGCUGAGUAAGAUGUUCUUUCUCUUUCCGGAUCCACACUUCAAAAAAACUAAACAUAAGUGGAGGAUUAUUAGUCCUACAUUACUGGCCGAGUAUGCUUACACUCUGAGAGUUGGGGGUUUAGUGUACACAAACACUGAUGUUGAGGAGGUACAUGACUGGAUGGUGAAACACUUCAGUGAUCAUCCUCUCUUCAGUCGAGUGUCUGAAGAUGAGCUGGCUGAUGAUGUCAUUAUUGGUAUUUUGGGCACCUGCACAGAAGAAGGAAAGAAGGUCCAGAGGAAUGGAGGCAAGAAUUAUUUGGCAGUUUUUCGCAGAGUGGACCCUUAAAACGUUGGAGAAUUUUAGACUACAUUGUAAGAAUGUUUUAUGUGUUUUACAGUUUUUUUUUUUUUUUUUUGCAUAUUUGUACAUGGUAUAUGGAUUUACAUUUGUCAUUUUUGAUAAGCUGAACAGAAUGUAAAUAUAUUUUUAUUCUGCUGUCUGCUUUGUUUCUGAAAACCCAAAUAAAUCAGUCUACCACA